CUCAGGAUUUCAUGUCAGCCUCCUUUACAGCAACCCCUGAAGGGAAAGACUCAAGAGCAAGAAGAGCUUCUAAUGAGGCUUAAUAGGCUACAGGUCACUUGAUGGGACCAGGGAAAACAGUGAAUCAAAUUAAAGUAAUGAAGGCCAAAAGCAGAGCCUGUGACCAAGAUUCAGACAUCUGCCUAGAGUCCCUCUUUCCCUCUGAUCACACUGUGCCUUCCUCUUGCCUCAUGGUACUGCAUGAGAGUAUUGAACAAUGUUCCCCUAGUUGCAGAGGCGGCUGAAUUUUGUCAAACGUUUUCUCUUCCUCAACUUGUUUUUUUUUUUCCACCUUGGGAUGAUCGCCAGCAUUUUUGAGGUUCACUGAUAACAUUCAGUCUUGCAGACAGUCUUAGGUAACCAAAGCAUAUCUAAAAGGUUUUGUAAGACUAGUCUCACCUUCUCCACAGUGCAAAUGACAGCAUCCAGAAUCCUUGUCCAUUUGUGUCUCAUAUUCUCUUUCCUGUGGUAGGCCAGAGUGGUGCAGGGAAUAACUGGGCCAAGGGCCACUACACAGAGGGAGCCGAGCUGGUGGACUCUAUGCUGGAUGUGGUGAGAAAGGAGGCGGAGAGCUGUGACUGUCUGCAGGGCUUCCAACUGACCCACUCCUUGGGGGGCGGCACUGGCUCGGGCAUGGGCACCCUGCUCAUCAGCAAGAUCCGGGAGGAGUACCCAGACCGCAUCAUGAACACUUUCAGUGUCGUGCCUUCACCUAAGGUGUCAGACACUGUGGUGGAGCCCUAUAAUGCCACCCUGUCUGUCCACCAGCUCUUGGAAAACACGGAUGAAACCUUUUGCAUCGACAACGAGGCCCUGUAUGACAUCUGUUUCCGCACCCUAAAGCUGACCACCCCCACGUAUGGUGAUCUCAACCACCUGGUAUCAGCCACCAUGAGUGGGGUCACCACGUGCCUGCGCUUCCCGGGCCAGCUGAACGCAGACCUGCGCAAGCUGGCCGUGAACAUGGUGCCCUUCCCCCGCCUGCACUUCUUCAUGCCUGGCUUCGCGCCCCUGACCAGCAGGGGCAGCAUGCAGUACCGCGCCCUGACGGUGCCCGAGCUCACCCAGCAGAUGUUCGACGCCAAGAACAUGAUGGCCGCGUGUGACCCCCGCCAUGGCCGCUACCUGGCAGUGGCUGCCAUCUUCCGAGGCCGCAUGUCUAUGAGGGAGGUGGACGAGCAGAUGCUCAACAUGCAGAACAAGAACAGCAGCUACUUCGUGGACUGGAUCCCCCACAACGUGAAGACGGCCGUGUGCGACAUCCCACCGCGGGGCCUCAAGAUGUCAGCCACCUUCAUUGGCAAUAACACAGCCAUCCAGGAGCUCUUCCAGCGCAUCUCUGAGCAGUUCACUGCCAUGUUCCGGCGCAAGGCCUUCCUGCACUGGUACACAGGCGAGGGCAUGGAUGAGAUGGAGUUCACUGAGGCUGAGAGCAACAUGAACGACCUGGUGGCCGAGUACCAGCAGUACCAGGAUGCCACUGCUGAGGAACAGGAAGAGUUCGACGAGGAUGAAGAGGAAGAGGUCGAGGAGGCUUAGGAACUUCUCAACCUCCUGCGUCAACUUGUUGUCCACCAGCUCCUCUAUGAUUGUCAACUAAGCUGCUCAGGUGUGUCUGUCCAAGUGCACUGUACUGAUAAUAUCUGUACUCCUAAUUCAGGGCUCCAUACUCUCCCAA